AUGUUUAAGGAGACCGAGAUACAGCAGCGUUACUUUACUACUGGCACUGGAACAACCAUGCUUGCCAAUCGACUGAGCUAUUUCUAUGACCUUCAUGGGCCUAGCAUAAGUCUUGAUACAGCGUGCUCCAGUAGUCUCAACGCCUGUCACCUAGCCUGUAAUAGUCUAAGGUUGGGCGAGUGUGACAUGGCAUUAGCAGCUGGCUGCAACCUGUUCUACAACCCUGAUACCAUUAUCCCACUCACAGCCCUUGGCUUUCUAUCUCCUGAUGGGAGAUGCUACAGUUUUGAUGAGCGGGCCAAUGGAUACUCACGUGGUGAAGGGUUCGGAAUGGUUGUGUUGAAGAGAUUGAGUGAUGCUAUCCGUGAUGGCGACUGUAUUCGUGCCAUCGUUCGAGGCUCCUCAAGCAACCAGGACGGCAACUCACCUGGCAUCACACAACCUACUCGUCAGGCGCAAGUUGACUUGAUCAACGCCGCAUAUCAAUCAGCUGGUCUAUCCAAAACGCAGACACGCUUCUUCGAGGCCCACGGUACGGGUACUCCAGUUGGUGACCCCAUUGAAGCGAGUGCUAUCAGCGGCGCAUUCUCAGAGUAUCGCUCCGAGGAAGAGCCAAUGGUUGUUGGCGCAGUUAAGACAAACAUUGGCCAUUUUGAAGGCUCGGCCGGGAUUGCAGGUCUCAUCAAGGCCAUAAUGGUCCUUGAGAAAGGCAUCAUACCUCCUAACAUGGGCUUCCAGACCCCCAACCCCAAGAUCCCUGUUCAUGAUUGGCAUCUCAAGUUCCCAACCAAGCCUGAAGCUUGGCCUUCUAAAGGACUCCGACGAGCCUCAAUCAAUGCCUUUGGCUAUGGUGGAAGCAAUGCUCACAUAAUUAUUGAUGAUGCCUAUCACUACCUCCUCGAGCAUGGCUUGAAAGGCAAACACCAAACUAUUGAGUUCCCACCGGUUGAAGGCUUGAAGUCUUCCAUCAAUGGUACGAAUGGUACGAAUGGUCAUUCAAACGGUAUCACUAAUGGCCACGCCAACGGUCAUCAGUCUACUUCUAGCUCAAGUGACGAUGAGUAUAUCUUGGUCAAGCACUUCAAAGGUCAUGGCCCCCCUAGUCGUUCAUUCUUCUUUUCUACCUUCGAUGAAGCUGGAUCAGUCCGCAUGGCACAAGAAUACAAGGAGUUCCUUGAUUCCACCAGCAAAUCAAUAUUUGCGGACAGCAUCGCAGCUUUGUCGAACAAGUUAGAGAGCAGCCCUUCACCUGUAAGAGCCACUACUGACCCUAAGCUUGGAUUUGUCUUUACUGGACAAGGUGCGCAGUGGUACGCCAUGGGUAGAGAAUUGUUCUCUGCUUAUCCGACAUUCAACCUAUAUCUGAGAGAGCUGGGUUGCCCUUGGUCACUUGUCGGUGAAUUGCUUCAAAACCAAGACAAGUCACGCAUCGAUGAUCCUGCAUUGAGUCAACCAAUCUGUACAGCCUUGCAAGUGGCUCUUGUUGACCUCCUCGCUACUUGGGGUAUCAAACCAGCUGCCGUAGUCUGUCAUUCAUCGGGAGAGAUUGGUGCUGCCUAUGCUACAGGUGCCAUAUCGCAGGAGUCGGCCUGGAGGUUAGCAUUCUAUCGCGGUGCUCUGUCCUCUCGCCUGGCCAUGUCUCCCGAUCAUACGAACGGAGCCAUGCUCUCAGUGGCCAUGAGCUCACCAGAUGCCGUGUCAUAUCUCAAGGAACAUGUUGGCAGUGCCUUGGGUAGAGACAUCGUUGUGGCCUGUAUCAACAGUCCGAGAAACGUGACGCUCAGUGGCAGUGCAGCAUACAUUGACAAGAUCAAGGCUGCUGCAGACUCUGAUGGUAUUUUUGCCCGCAAGCUCAAGGUUGAUAACGGUUACCAUUCACCUCUGAUGGCCACCAUUGCAGAUGAAUACAGAAGCUUGAUUGGCGACCUCGAGGCUGGAACCAAUAUAUUACCAGGCCAGGUCGCUCCAGUCUUUUAUUCGUCCCUCGGAGGGACAGUCAGCUCUGCCUCUGCUCUUCAGAACCCCGAUCAUUGGGUUGACAACCUGGUCUCGCCAGUCCAAUUCUCCAAAACCUUCUCACUCAUGUGCUCCAACACCAGUUCCAGCGCACCAGUCAAGAAGCUUGGAUCUUCGGCCAAAGCAACAGUCAAGCCCCCGAAGAUUACUCAAGUACUUGAGAUUGGCCCGCAUGCGGCAUUGCGUGGCCCCAUUCGUGAGAUAAUGGAGCUUACGCCAGAAUCAACGCACCGGGAUACCCUUUCAACCACUCCAACAUCUAUUGGAAUGAGAGUCGUAUCAGCAAAGGAUACCGCUUCCGUCCUGCUAUGCGACAUGAACUAUUUGGUGCCCCCGGUGCCAGAUUGGGAUCCAGCCAAUGCUGUGUGGCGGAACUACAUGCGUCUUUCAGAGAACCCUUGGGUGAAGCAUCACCGAAUCACUGGUGCUACCAUCUACCCCGCCGCAGGAAUGCUUGUUAUGGCCAUAGAGGCUAGUCGACAGAUGGCAGACAUAUCUCGUGUAGUCAAGGGCUUUCGCAUUCUCGACGCUCGCUUUAAUGUCGCUCUUCGCGUUCCAGCGACGCAGAAUGGUCUGGAGACGCACUUUUAUAUGCAGCGCUCGAGAGACCAUCCCGACACUGUGGCGAGGACAGUUCGCAAGUUCUCGCUCAGUAGUUAUGAGGGCGGUGAAUGGCGUGAGCAUUGCCAUGGUCUGGUCGUCACAGAGUACGAACAACCUUAUACUGUCGUUGAUGAUGGAAGAGAAGACUUUGAGUUCCAAGAAGCAUGCAAGAAUAGGCUUACGAGCGUUGAGAAGGCCUCAAAAGUUGAGACCUCAUUUCGGCAGCUCUAUGAGCAUUUAUCGACCGUCGGCCUUGACUUUGGCGCCACUUUCCAGACUCUCCGCGAUAUUCGCUGUGGUGACAUUGGCGAAGCUGUGGCGACUGUGGAGAGGCAAGAUCUUGAGAGCUUGAUGCCUCUGGGCUAUCUUCAAGAUCACUUGAUUCAUCCCACCGUACUCGAUGGUAUCCUCCAGAGCAUCAUUGUCAGUUUGACAAAGGGUGGCCGCGAGAUUGACCAAGUCAUGGUUCCUUCCGAGAUUGGCGACCUCUGGGUAUCUGCUGAUCCCUCAACAUCCAAGUUCGAUGCUGUUCGCGUCUCUUGCUCAGGCAAGUUCCUGGGCAUUAGGCAGGCUGAGGCGCGCAUCGUUGGUAUGGAUGUUGAAACCGGCAAGGUCGUUUGUACGGUUGACAACUUUGUCAUCACUACUGUGGCACGAAGCGAAGGCGCUUCUUCGUCUGACGCUGCCAGAAGACUCUGCUUCAACCUCGAUUAUAAGGUAGACCCAGCUCUUCUGGAUCAAGAGACCGCAGACAAGACACUCCAACCUGAUGCAAAAUGUGGUGCUACUACUCAACAAGCCCAGUUGAUUCAGGAGGUGGAGAUGAUGUGUUUCUUGUAUAUCAAACGGUUCUGGGACAGGAUCUAUGAUGAGAACCGCGACGCCAAGUCAGUACCCUAUCACAAGAAGUACAUCGCCUGGAUCAGGCACCAACUGGAGAAGUAUGACGCUGGCCUUAUCCCUCAUGCCAUGCCCGAAUGGCGGGAACGAGCAGCCGAUGAUGAAUACAUCAGCCAAAUGGAGACCAAGCUUCUCAAAGAGGGCUCAGCUGAAGGAAAGCUAGUCGUCAAUGUUGGACGAGAACUUCCUAACAUCCUCGCUGGCAAGUCUGAUGCACUGGAACUCCUCUUCAAAGACAAGCUGGUAGAAAACGUCUACCGUUCUGGAGUCGGGGCUGAGAUUGGUUAUGACCGCAUGGUGGCCUAUAUCGAUGCUCUGGCCCACAAAAACCCAGCUCUUCGCGUUCUCGAGGUUGGUGCUGGAACUGGUGGCGCCACAAGACCCAUUCUCAAGUGUCUCACGACACAAGGUAAUGGAGAGACUGGGACACCACGGUUCAGCCACUAUGCGUUUACAGAUAUCUCGAUUGGCUUCUUUGAGAACGCCCGAGAAAUGUUCAAGGAUAGUGCUGCACGCAUGAGUUUCCGCGCGCUCAAUAUCGAGGAAAACUUAGAGCAACAAGGGUUCUCGGGCCCGGGAGAACAGUACGAUGUCGUCUGCGCUGCCAACGUCAUCCAUGCAACAAAGAACCUGGAGGCGACCUUAUCCAACGCGAGGAAGUUGCUAAAGCCUGGAGGUAAACUCAUAUUGUAUGAGAUGACAAACACUGGCAUGAUACGGACAGGCUUUGCCUUUGGAUUGCUGCCCGGUUGGUGGCUAUCUGUCGAGGACUUCCGUCAGUUCACACCACUGGCCGCUCCGAAUGACUGGUCCAGAUCUCUCAAGGCCAGUGGAUUCAGUGGUAUCGAUCUGCACAUCUAUGACUUUCCAGAUCAUAGGCAUCAGAUGGUCAGCGUCCUCAUCUGCACAGCGCUUGGUGAUGGAAGUGAAGAAAAUGCACCAACCACUUCCUACUCCUCGUCAACUAUCAAGAUAAUCACUUGUGGUGCGGGAUCCGGCUCAGCCACCCAAGAGAGCCUUGCUACAAUUCUUGAGAAGCAAGCGGCCAGCCUCAGCACUAGCGUCGAUGUUGUCAACUUGCACGAUGCUGUGGCAGAUCUCAAGGAUCUGCAGCAAACUCGUUGCAUCUUCCUAGGGGACAUCGAGUCCAACUUUCUGGAACAAGUUCAUGACGAUGACUAUGAAGCUUUCCGGAAGUUGAUUGGUUCCACCAAGACACUACUCUGGGUCAACCAGGGAGGUGGUCCCUCACCCAAGAACCCUGGCGCUGACAUGGUGACUGGUUUCGCUCGCUGCAUGCGUGCUGAAAACCCAGGACUAAACUUUGUCACUUUAUCUGUCCAUGACUUGGACUCUUUUGACAAGGCCGGCUCCAUCAUCUUGCGAAUCCUGAGUUCAGGUGGUGGAAGUGAGAACACCUUCUUCGAGAAGGACGGCGCUGUCUAUAUUCCACGUAUCACCGAGGCCAACACAGUCAAUCAUCUCAUCGCUGCCAAGACUAAGGGUGAGCCAGCCAGGUCAGAGACAUGGCAGGAUGCUAGCAACGGUAGAGCCUUGACCCUACAGUGUGCUGUGCCUGGUCUCCUUGACAGCCUUCAGUUCCAAGACGACGAGCUUUAUGAGAGGCCUCUCGGACCUUAUGAUGUCGAGGUACGCGUUCACGCCACUGGCCUCAAUCUUCUUGAUGUCAUGAUAGCUCUAGGUCAGGUCAUCGGCGAAGCGUUUGGACAAGGGUGCGCCGGCGUGGUGACUCGCGUCGGAACAGACGUUGAACGAGUCUCUAUCGGCGAUUCUGUUUGUGUUCUUCUCAGGGGAACUUUCAAGACUUUUGCACGAGGCUCUCAGUGGCAGUUCGCCAAGAUUCCCUCAACUAUCGACUAUGCGGUGGCCUCAGCAGUGCCAGUUGUUUACACCACCGCAUACUAUGGACUUCAUGACCUCGCGCGCCUCCAAGCCGGCGAGAGCAUCCUGAUUCACUGGGGUGCUGGUGGUGUCGGGCAGGCUGCUAUCCAGCUCGCCAAGGCGGUUGGAGCUGAAGUGUUUGUCACCGUGGGCUCUAUCGAGAAGCGAGACUUUGUGCAUGAGCACUACGGUAUUCCUUUGCACCAUGUCCUGUCAAGUCGCGACUUGAGCUUUGUACAUGGCAUCAAGAGGUUGACUGAUGGACGCGGCGUCGAUGUCAUCCUCAAUUCUACAGCCGGACAGACCCUGCGUGCUAGCUGGGACUGCAUUGCCCCGUACGGGCGAUUCAUCGAAAUCGGCAAGGUGGAUAUCUUUGCCAAUGCAGGUCUCCCAAUGGGGCCAUUCAAUCAGAGCGUCACCUUUUCCUUCUUCGACAUUGGUCUCAUAUCACUUGAAAGAGGCCGGCUAUUCUCCCGCGUCCUUCAAGAUGUCGUUGAUCUGCUCGCCAAAGGAUCCAUCACCCCACCACAGCCACUGCAUGUCUACAGCUAUUCGGACAUCCAAGAGGCAUUCAGAAUCAUGCAAUCAGGAUCUCAUAUGGGAAAGCUUGUCUUGAAGGCUCAAGAUGACGAUCAUGUCAUGGUCGAGCCCAGUCGAAAGCCCACGUAUUGCUUUGAUCCUGAUGCUUCAUAUCUGCUUUCUGGAGGUCUCGGAGGUCUUGGACGCAGUGCAGCACGUUGGAUGGCGUCUCGUGGAGCCAAGAAUCUCAUUCUUCUCUCUCGCUCCGGAACCACGCGACCUGCAGCACAAGAACUCAUGAAGGAGCUCGCAGGCGCUGGCGUGACAGCGUCAGCACCUCAAUGCGACGUCUCUGACCGUGCUACUCUUAAGAGGGUUCUCAAUGAUUGCGCUAAAACGAUGCCACCUAUCAAGGGUUGCCUCCAAGGCUCCAUGGUCCUCAAGGAUAGCAUAUUCUCCAACAUGUCCCAGGAAGACUACUACACUGCCGUACGUCCCAAGGUGGUUGCAUCAAGAAACUUGCACGAGCUUCUCCCUCAGAACCUGGAUUUCUUCAUCCUUCUCUCAUCUGCUUCUGGAGUGGUAGGCAACCGAGGCCAAUCCAACUACUGUGUAGGCAACACCUACCAAGAUUCCUUAGCCCGUCACCGGGUCUCUUUGGGUCUUCCAGGUGUAGCUGUUGACCUGGGAAUGAUCCUUUCUGUCGGGUUCGCAGCCGAGAACCAAGAGAGCAUGGCUAAUCUUCGCCAAGAAGGUUUCAAUGCCAUGCGAGAAGAUGAGUUCCUUGCCCUGCUCGACAUGUUAUGUGACCCGAAUGGAAAGUACUCUACCAAUGCCAGCCAAGAUUUGCAGGCUUCGUCCUUUGCUCAAAUCGCAGUUGGUCUUGAGGCGCCCGCUACUCUCCGCAUCAAGGGCAUCCCAGAGCCAGCUUGGAUGACCGACCCUCUGUUCAAGCAUCUAUACCAGAUCCGAGGGGAAGGCGAUCAUGAGGGUGAAGGCGACGGUGAAGGUUCAGCCACGUCAUGUUCCACGCUACUCCCAGCGGCGGCAUCGUUAGCUGACGCAGCCAAGAUUGUUAGCGAAGCUAUUGUUCAGAAGCUCUGCAAAGCCCUGUCUUCAAGUGAGCGGGACAUUGACGUUUCAAAACGUCUUCACAGCUAUGGAGUGGAUUCCCUUGUUGCGGUCGAGCUACGCGCCUGGUUCAUGAAGGAGGUUGGCUCUGAUGUUGCUGUAUUCGAUAUCAUGAGUGGGCAGAGCUUGGAAGAGUUGGCUGAACUGGCGGCAAAGAGAAGUUCAUUUGCCAGUUUCGAUGACGAGAAAGAGGCCGAUUGA